CGGACACCUGACCUCCCUAGGGAUCCCGACCUGCCCCCGACUUGCAGUCAGGUCUGGAAAGCUUUCUGUUCUCCCUGCCUUGGCUACCCAGAGCACAGACGGUUCCUGUGCUAGGACUUCCCGCACGGCUUAGUCUGCCUACCCCUCUGACAGAAGGCAGCCAUGCCACGCAGCCCAACGUCCAGCGAGGACGAGAUGGCCCAGAGCUUCUCUGACUAUUCCAUGGGCUCAGAGUCAGACAGCUCCAAGGAGGAGACUAUCUACGACACCAUCCGGGCCACAGCAGAGAAGCCUGGUGGCGCCAGGAUGGAGGAGAGCCAGGGCAACACGCUGGUCAUCCGUGUGAUCAUCCAGGACCUGCAGCAGACGAAAUGCAUUCGAUUUAAUCCGGACGCCACAGUGUGGGUUGCCAAGCAGCGGAUUCUGUGUACGCUGAACCAGAGUCUGAAAGACGUCCUGAACUAUGGGCUGUUCCAGCCCGCGAGCAAUGGGCGUGAUGGCAAGUUCCUGGACGAGGAGCGUCUCCUGCGAGAGUACCCCCAGCCUGUGGGCAAGGGCGUCCCUUCCCUGGAGUUUCGAUACAAGAAGCGGGUGUACAAGCAAUCCAACCUCGAUGAGAAACAAUUGGCCAAGCUCCACACGAAGACCAAUCUGAAGAAAUGCAUGGAUCAUAUUCAGCAUCGUUCGGUGGAGAAAAUCAUCAAGAUGCUGGAUCGAGGCCUGGAUCCCAAUUUCCAUGACCUGGAGACGGGAGAAACCCCCUUGACCCUGGCUGCCCAGCUGGAUGACUCUAUGGAGGCCAUCAAAGCUCUCAAAAAUGGCGGGGCUCACCUGGAUUUCCGUGCCAAAGAUGGGAUGACUGCCCUGCACAAAGCCGCCCGUGCCAGGAACCAAGUUGCCCUGAAGACUCUCUUAGAGCUUGGAGCAUCUCCGGAUUACAAAGACAGUUACGGCCUUACACCCCUGUAUCACACUGCCAUCGUCGGGGGCGACCCCUACUGCUGUGAGCUCCUCCUCCACGAACACGCCUCAGUGUGCUGCAAGGACGAGAAUGGCUGGCAUGAGAUCCACCAGGCCUGCAGGUACGGGCACGUGCAGCACCUGGAGCACCUGCUGUUCUACGGGGCAGACAUGGGUGCUCAGAAUGCCUCUGGGAACACGGCCCUGCACAUCUGCGCCCUCUACAACCAGGACAGCUGUGCAAGAGUGCUGCUGUUUCGAGGUGGAAAUAAGGAACUGAAAAACUACAACAGCCAGACUCCGUUUCAGGUGGCGAUCAUAGCCGGUAACUUUGAACUGGCAGAAUAUAUCAAGAACCACAAGGAAACAGACAUCGUGCCCUUCCGGGAGGCCCCGGCAUACUCUAAUCGCAGGCGGCGGCCCCCCAACACGUUGGCCGCCCCCCGGGUCCUGCUGCGGUCCAACAGUGACAACAACCUCAAUGCCAGCGCUCCCGAGUGGGCCGUCUGCUCCACGGCCCCCUCGCACCGCAGCCUCUCACCCCAGUUGCUGCAGCAGACGCCCAGCAAGCCCGAUGGCGCUGUGAAGACCAUCGGGAGCUACGUGCCUGGGCCUCGCAGCCGGUCCCCGUCGCUCAACAGGCUGGGCGGCGCAGGCGAGGAUGGCAAGAGGCCCCAGCCGCACUGGCACGUCGGGUCGUCUUUUGCUCCUGCUGCCAAGGACUCACUCUCAGCCUUCGAGUACCCGGGGCCCAAGCGGAAGCUCUACAGCGCAGUGCCUGGGAGACUCUUCGUCGUCGUCAAGCCAUACCAACCCCAAGUCGACGGCGAGAUCCCCCUUCACCGUGGCGACAGGGUCAAAGUUCUGAGCAUCGGCGAAGGGGGCUUCUGGGAAGGCAGUGCCCGUGGCCACAUUGGAUGGUUUCCGGCCGAGUGCGUGGAGGAAGUCCAGUGUAAGCCCAAGGACAGCCAGGCAGAAACCCGUGCAGACCGCAGCAAGAAACUCUUCAGGCACUACACGGUGGGCUCAUAUGACAGCUUUGAUGCUUCCAGUGACUGCAUUAUCGAGGAGAAGACGGUGGUCCUGCAGAAAAAGGACAAUGAGGGCUUUGGAUUUGUGCUCCGAGGGGCGAAAGCUGAUACGCCUAUUGAAGAAUUCACACCAACGCCGGCGUUCCCAGCCCUACAGUACCUGGAGUCCGUGGAUGAAGGCGGGGUGGCGUGGCAAGCCGGACUAAGAACUGGGGACUUCUUGAUUGAG